AUGCCGGACACGCUGACAAAGCCGGUGGACAUGUGUGUGCUUUUGGGCCCUGACGCCCCAAAGAGCAAGAGGGGUUGCGUGGGACAUGGUGCACAAGGCUGUAUAACUAAGGGUCUCGGGUCAAAGUUGUCAUUUGCAGCCUGCGACUGCAAGGUUUCCGAGUGGACGGAGUGGACUGUUUGUGACAGCAGCUGCACAUCGCUCAAGUCGAAAAGAACGCGCACCAUAUUGAACACGGAUGGCGUCGCCAGGCCUUCGGCCUGCCCUCCUCUAGAAGAAGAGAGGAACUGCACGGGGCAGUCAAAAAUAUAUUCCUUCAGCCUCCCUGCUGGGGUCAACCUAGGCAGUCAAUCAGAGAUGGAUAGUCGACUGCAAAUCUGCAGCGCAGAAGUCCUCUCCUCUAUGCAAGCAGAGCUGCAAGUAGCAGCCCCUGAACACCUUGCUUUUGAAGGCAACACAUUGGGUCUUUGGAAGUUCUCUGCUCUCCUCAGCCCGAAAUUCGCAGCAGAUCAAGCGGCUUCUGCCCUGGAUAGUGCGAUGGCCAACUCCCAGUCCAAGCUUUUCGAAGCAAUUAUGAAGUGCAUGCUCCCAUCAGGGUCCUCUGUCUCUGUCCCCUUGCCUACCAUAGUUCAGUCGCCAAAUGACGAGCUCCUCUGCUCAUAG